GGUGCACUUCAAAAGUGAUGCCUAAUGUAUCUAGAGCAAAAAAUUUGACACUUAGGAAAUUUUUUUCUUCAGUUUUCGAAAGCAAAACUCACACACUUAAUGAAAUUUUUGUCCCUCCAAAUCCAAAACCCAGACUUAGCCUUCAUCUCGAUCCCCUUUCAGAACCCUCCAAAGCUCACCAUCGAAGAAACACUCUCGCUACAGAAACCCUCUCACUCACCACUCACCGUCGCUUCUCUUCGCCCUCCUCCUCGUCGCUGCGCCGCCCUUACCAUCGUCAUCUCGUCGCUGCGCCGCCCUUACCUUCGCCAACCCUGUCGCGCACAACUCUCACCUUCGCCAUUCUUACCAUCGCUGUUGACCGUCGCCACCCAAUAACCACUCACCGCCAGUCACCACUCACCGUUCACCAUCGUCGCUCAUCACCUUUGCCAUUGUCACCACUGCACAGACCAUCGCUCUUCUUCGCCGUUCUGCACAAAUCAUCGCUGCGCCGCCCUCACCAUCGUCAUCUCCGUGCUUCUCAUCAUCGUCAUCUCUGUGUUGAUUAUGCCAAACUCACUAAGCUUCUCAAGAACCUUAUGGCAAAGGUUUCUACUAUGAAGAAUACAGAGCAGAUUUUAGAGCAACUUCCUCGGGUGAUAUCAUCUUUGGAUGCAUAUAUGGAUAAUGGAUUGCAAAAGUGAUAACCCGCUAGCAAGUGCAAGUAAACCUCGUUCAAAGUCAGGAGGGAGCUGACUGAAGCUUAAGAGGGAGCUGCGUUCCACUCACCCAACUGUUCUUCGAGUUUCUUUGCUAGUUUAUUCAAUUUCUUUUAACACAACUACCACCACAAGCAAAGAGAGGUUUGGGCUCAAGAGAAAAACAGGGACAAGUCUUGUGUAUUUGAUCAACAAAGAGGUAAGGGUUAGAAUAGUUAGAUAUUGAUUUUAGUUGUAUUUGGUGAUUAAAUGGCAGAAACCUUUCCAUUGAGUAUGCUUAUUGACCAGUCAGCUGCUUGAUUCUUGGAUCUGUAUGUGAAUGAUUGUUGCUUUCUUAAUCAGCACAGUUUACUUUGUAGUGGUAAAUGGUAAUGUUCUAAUAAA